UUUUGACUUGCAUUGCAUCAUGGGAGAGCGUACAUUCAGUAUAGCUACGGGAUACUUUCUUCAAGACGACCCAACCGCGGACGGCGAUGUUAUCGGCGCGUUGCCCGAUCGAUUUGGGCUGCUAGAUGACUCUGAAGAUCGGUGGGGCAAGUUCGCAAAACACAUCCAAGAUUUGAACGAUGCGGCGCCGGAAGGCACGCGUUACAAAGUGUUCUUUCUCGUUAGACAUGGUCAAGGCUAUCAUAACGUUGCUGAGGCGAAAUACGGUACAACGGACUGGGAUAACUAUUGGUCCAAGCUGAACGGCGACGAGGAUAUUACUUGGGGACCUGACCCGGAGUUGACUGCCGUCGGGGUCGCCCAAGCAGUCGCAGCCCGCCAGCUCUGGGAGGCUGAGCUCAAGUACGGCUUGCCUUUGCCAACAAAGCAUUACGCAAGUCCCAUGCGUAGGGCAUUGCAGACUUGGCGCGAGAUUUUCGUCAACAGCGGCAUGCUCCGUGACAGUGUGGACCGCGUAACCAUGAUCGAGAAUCUGCGCGAAGAAUACGGGGUACAUACGUGCGACAAGCGCUUUUCGCGCGCAGUCAUAGCGCGAGACUUCCCUCCACCGACGUACGAGUUCGAGGACGGUUUCUCCGAAGAAGAUGAAAUAUGGCAAGAAGACGAGCGCGAGAGCAAACCGCAUAUCAAGCAGCGUGCACAAGGCGUACUGAGCCGUAUCUUCGCGCAAGAUAUCGAGGAAGAUUUCAUAUGUAUCACGGCGCACAGCGGAAUCAUCAACGGCUUUCUUGCGGCGUUCGGGCGUCCGCGCUACCCACUUCCGACUGGAGGAAUCUUGCCGUUGGUUAUAAAGGGCGUUGAGUCUUGAUAUUAAGGACAAACUGGGGGCACUUGACGCUUUUCAAAGUUCUGCGCUUAUGUGUCGAUGUCCGCACAUGUACACGAUGCGAAUACGAUUUUCGCUUACCACACGGCUGGUAUCUUCUC